AUGAUUCUUGAAGGAAGUAUCCCUGUGAAGAGGCAUUCAUUCUCUAUUGAGAACCUUGCAAAGAGCAGUCGUGACGAGGAACGGGCUCCCAGGCCUAUGGACUUAGGGGGUCGGUUUCCCAUCACCCUGCCUCUCCCCCUCCCACCCGUGGAUUGUAAACUGUCUCCUGGACUUCCAUAUGAACGUGCCUCGUCCCCACAGGAUGUGAAGGUCACCACGGACGUCACCCCUGCCACCAGGAAACGCCCCCGGUCGGACAGUACAGGGAGCCCUGAUUUCAUGACAAGCACUCCCAAGGGAGGUGACAGGUCACCCUUUUCCACCCUCAGCGAGAGGAGCUUCACCCCCUCUGUUUCCGAUGAUGACUCGGAUGGAGAACCCUCCAGGAAGAAGAAAGCCCGCACUGCCUUCACGAAUGACCAGGUUACUGCCCUGGAGAAGAAGUUCCGAGAUCAGAAGUACCUGGCGGCCAGCGAGAGGGCUGACCUCGCUGACCAGCUCCAACUGACAGACCAGCAGGUGAAGACUUGGUUCCAGAACCGACGAAUGAAGGAGAAGCGCCAGCUUAACCAUCGGGAGGAACAGGCCCGAUUCCCCUUCCCCACGGGCGGAGUCGACGUCACCCAGCUUCAGGGACUCAGGUUCCCACCCUACCCCCAGAGCCACGACACCACCGCCAGUUUCUCACCCACAGGACUACCCCACCCUGGGAUCAACCUCCGCCCUCCCAUGAUCCCUGAGCUCCCACGGCACACAGGACUUCUACCACCUACACUGUCGCCCCACCCCCUCGGAUCCAUGUUCUCACCCCAGGGGAGCUACCCUGCCAUGUCGCCACUCGACCACAUGAGACAGAUGAGGUCUCCUAUGAUGUUUCCCAUGUAUUAG